UCACUGACCAAAUUACAAUAUCUGGUAUAAUUUAUGUUGACAUUUCACCAUUGAUGAAGCUGGUGUAAUUUCAGGCCUGUGGAUGACUAUAAUGAGAUUGCAAGCCACUUUAUCGAGUGUAUGUACGUACAUUUCUUCAACAGCAAGUUACCGAAACCACAGGUUGGUGUAGGUGUCACAACUCAGCCAUAUAUGACAAUUCCACCAAAUCAGGUAUCUGGACAACAUAGCCUCUAUGGACAGAGGAGCAUUGAAGAAAGGGUCUUACAAGUUUUGAACCAGCCUUUAUACCUUUCAAGGGAUGCGGGAGCAAAAGCUGAGGAUAUUGCCCAACAACUGAAAGUACCAGUGAAAGAUGUCAUACAUGCUGCUAGUAAUCUUGCUCAUGUAGGCAGUAUUUACGAGAUCGAUACGUUGCACUAUAAAUCUCUUGCCAAUGGUUGAGCAAAGCUAACAGAAAAUAGUCUUAGCCUCGAUUUUGUGCUCUUUUACUUUGUUAUGUAAAGCCCUGAAGGUAAACUACAAACUUGAGAUACAGAUGAUUGUAUAUUUCAGUAAGUAUUAGCACUUGGACACCUGAGUUAUUAUUAGUCGGGUCAUUUCAUCUCCAACUCAGUGUCAAUCUGUAUGUUGAAGUUGUUGAUACUUUCUGUUUCUUCAUC